AUGGUUUCUCGAUGCAGUGGGGGGAUUGAGGGGGCCCCUCCAUCUUCUAAACCACAGAAUGCUCCUGCCAAAGCACGAGUGGCAAGACUCGGGUCCAGUCCAUCAAAACGAGAUGACAGACCGAAAGACGAUAGAGUGGCGAAAACCACGGCCAAGGAUGUUGCAGAACUGAAGGAUUACCAACUGGGUGAUUGCUUGGGUAAAGGCGCAUUUGGGUCAGUCUACAGGGCAUUGAACUGGAAUACUGGGGAAACUGUUGCCGUAAAACAAAUAAAGUUGGCUGAUCUCCCAAAGAGUGAAUUGCGUGUCAUUAUGCUGGAAAUUGAUCUUCUGAAGAAUUUGGAUCACUCCAACAUCGUGAAGUACCAUGGAUUCGUAAAGUCCGCUGAAACUCUAAACAUCAUACUUGAACUUAGAUACUGUGAAAAUGGCUCCUUACAUUCAAUCGCAAAGAAUUUUGGACGUUUCCCAGAAAACCUGGUCGGGCUAUACAUGUCGCAGGUGCUCCACGGUCUCUUGUAUCUCCAUGAGCAAGGUGUCAUACAUAGAGAUAUCAAAGGCGCGAAUAUUCUCACGACUAAACAAGGCCUUGUCAAGCUUGCGGACUUCGGUGUUGCUAGCCGGACUACUGGGCUCAAUGAAUCAAGUGUUGUCGGCACGCCGUAUUGGAUGGCCCCGGAAGUGAUUGAACUGUCAGGCGCAACGACAGCUUCAGACAUCUGGAGUCUUGGUUGUACGGUGAUUGAGCUGCUGGAGGGGAAGCCUCCUUAUUACAAUCUCCAGCCAAUGCCGGCUCUUUUCCGCAUUGUCAAUGAUGAUCAUCCUCCCCUUCCGCAAGGCGCCUCUCCGGCUGUCAAGGAUUUCUUAAUGCAGUGCUUCCAAAAAGACCCGAACCUCCGUGUCUCUGCGAAAAAGCUUCUGAAACAUCCCUGGAUUGUCAACGCCCGCAGAUCAGAUUCAGUUGUUCCCAAAAAGUCAACCGAGUAUGAGGAGGCAGUGAAAAGUGUCCAAGAGUGGAAUGAAGCCCUGCGUUCACCCGAAGCAGGAACUUUGCGAAGACCGUUCAGGCAUGACUAUCAAAGCCCAGCCCCUCUAACGUCGUCCCGCAAUACGCCCACGAAGGCGUCUCCGACUUCCAGGAAUGUGGCAGAUCGGUUCAGGUCGCCCGACUCCAUCGAAGAAGACAAUUGGGACGAUGACUUUGCUACUGCAAUUUCCCCUAGCGCAUUGCAAUUACCUCAUCUUCGUCCACAAGAUAACUUCGGGGGGAUGCUCUCUUCUGAAAAGCUUAAGGCUUUUGCCUCUUUGGAUGGGACAGUCCUAAGGUCCGAAGAAAACUUCGACGAUUUCGAUGAUUCUUUUAGAACCUCGCUACAACCUGGAGACUCGGAUCCUCUGGAAACCAUACGACCUUUUCCAACCAAACAAACUGGCAUCGAAGAUACACAGCUGCAAAACCAGCCACGUUACCCGAUCAAUAACAACGCCAUCGCCAUACAUAACGUGCCCAUCCUAGCACAGAACCCUGUACCUCCAAUGAGACAACCCCGUCCAGCUUCUUACUACAAGGAAAACUCUGUAGAGGAUUACUCCGAUCUUAUACAGGCAAAUGAAGAUGUCCUAGACCGGAAGCUUGGCCUUUUUCAGGAGACCGAUGACGACACGGAUGGGCUAGUAUUUUCGCCCACGAACGAAGUGGUCCGAUAUCAACCCUCCCUUGAAGAUGAUAAUGACCCCCAGCCUCAGCUUAGAAAAAGGAUAUCUGUAAAACGCCAUCGAUCAGCCAUAGAGAUACAAAGGUUCGCCGAAAAUGAAAGAGACGAAGAUUUCUCUGACAUUCUUGGGGCGGAUCAAGUAACUCUGGACAAGUCCGAAAGCGAGGGAAGCUCAGACCAAGGGACGUUGAUGCUGAAUUCUAAACUUUCAAAUGAUUCUUGGCUUGGGGACCAAGACGAUGAGGAUGACCCAUUUGCUCAGCUUGAGGAAGGGUUAGACGAAGUGGACCUGGAAGCAAACAUCGCACGUGACAAACAUGCACGGCUCCGCGGUCAAGUCGAGGGGCUUGUUAGCUCGUUGAAGACGUCACAGGAUGAAGACGUGCUCGGCGAGAUCUCGGAACAACUGCUGAAUGUUUUCUAUGAUCUCCCGGAGACCAAAAAUAUCAUCAUCAGCGCCCAUGGGAUGCUUCCAAUACUUGAGAUUCUUGACAUGUGCCGUCGGCGUGACAUCAUUUUAUGUCUAUUGAGGAUCGUUAAUGCGAUCAUCUACAAUGAUUAUGAGAUACAAGAAAAUCUUUGUUUCGUUGGAGGUAUUCCUAUCAUCAACGAGUUCGCCUCGAAGAAGUACCCGCGAGAGAUCCGACUUGAAGCAGCAACCUUCGUACAGCAAAUGUAUCAGACUUCCACUCUCACUUUGCAAAUGUUCGUCAGUGCAGGAGGAUUGAACGUUCUAGUUGAGUUCCUGGAAGAUGAUUACGAGGAUGAGCGUGACCUGGUAUUAAUUGGGGUGACCGGUAUCUGGAGCGUUUUUGAGUUGCAAGUAUGUACCUGCAUUUUCUACUCUCUGAGGGAAAUCCUGUCCCGCAACUCGGUAUUGGAUCCUCUGUCGUUAGUCCUGAGUCGGGUAUUGGACGAAGAUGGGGAGCUGGCUGAGACUGUCGAAGGUCGUAUUGCGAACAUCUUCUUCAUUUUCUCCCAGGCUGAAAAUCAUGUAAAAGAGAUGGUUGCUGAGCGAACGGUUCUACACAGGGUACUGAAAGAACUAAAGCGCAUGACUCCUGCUCACCAGAUAACUAUGUUGAAGUUCAUCAAAAAUCUGUCUAUGUUAUCGACCACUCUGGAUGCUCUACAGAAUUCGAAUGCCAUCGACGUGUUGACGGACUUGCUGAGGUCUACCAUCAAGCGACCCCACUUCCGAGAAGUUUCCAAUCAGAUCCUAAAUACCAUCUACAAUAUGUGCCGCUUAAACAAGCCUCGGCAGGAGGACGCGGCUUUGAAUGGUAUCGUGCCACUGCUGCAAAAGAUAGUGAAGACCGAACGGCCAUUGAAGGAAUUCGCGCUACCAAUUCUCUGCGACAUGGCUCAUUCUGGCAAAGUUGGUCGCCGUGAGCUGUGGCGCAACAAGGGCCUGGCGUUCUAUAUAUCUUUACUUUCAGACCCAUAUUGGCAAGUGACUGCUCUAGACGCUAUCUUCACAUGGCUUCAAGAAGAGACAGCGAAGGUUGAGGAGCACCUCCUAGACAAGCGACCUGAUAAACCAUCAUUUACGGAUUCCAUUGUUAGACUGAGUCCCCCCAUUGCCUCGACGCUCGCGCGACCAGACCUAUUCAGCAGGAUAGGGCAGAAACUACAUCAUAAUAAAGCAGCAGUGCGGUUGAAUUUACUCCGGAUAAUUUCCAGCAUUUGCGAUGCGAGCGAAGAGCAGGGUGGUCUUCUUGCUAAAUAUGGACUGCUCGAUGCGAUCAGAGAGUUAGAGAACGAUCCCGCCAUUCUCGUCAGGGAUAUGGCUGGAAAAUUAAUUCAAUCCAACGAGAGAAGCGAGGCCUGGCAGCAGGCUUGA